AUGGACGCAUUCGAAUACAACGCCAACCCCGGCCGUGUCAUCUUCGGCAGCGGCACUCUCCAGAAACUACCCGAUGAGAUCGCACGAUUGAACGUGAAAGCGCCGCUGGUGCUCUCGACGCCCCAGCAGGUGAACCAAGCCGAGAGCAUCCAGGCCGUCCUGAAGGGCCAGAUCGCCGGCAUCUUCAGCGAGGCGACGAUGCACACGCCGACGCACAUCACCGACAAGGCGCUGGAGUACGCCCAAGCGCAGGGCGCGGACGUAGUCAUUUCCAUCGGCGGAGGAAGCACCAUUGGACUGGGGAAGGCCAUCAGUAUCCGCACUGGUCUACCGCACAUCUGCAUCCCGACUACGUAUGCAGGAAGCGAGAUGACGCCGAUCUUGGGCGAGACGGCCGACGGGCUGAAGAAGACUCGUUCGGAUCCGAAGAUCCUUCCUGGAACGGUGAUCUACGAUGUCGAUUUGACUAUGACGUUGCCGACGGCGAUGAGUGCGACGAGCGGCGUGAAUGCCAUUGCCCAUGCUGUCGAGGCACUCUACGCCCGUAACACGAACCCCGUCAUCAACCUGAUGGCGCUCGAGGGCACUCGGUCACUGGCCUCCGCUCUGCCGGAGAUUGUCGAGAACCCUCAGUCCCCAUCUGCGCGGUCCCUGGCUCUCUAUGGCGCAUGGCUCUGCGGAACCUGUCUCGGCAGCGUGGGGAUGUCCAUCCAUCAUAAACUCUGCCAUACAUUGGGAGGGAGCUUUAAUCUGCCUCAUGCCGAGACACACACGGCCGUUCUCCCGCAUGCGAUCUCCUACAACGCGCCCAAGAUCCCGGAGGCCAUGAAGAAGUUGGCCGAGGCCCUUCCCGACAGCAACGGGGAUGCCAUCCACGGUCUCAAUGUCCUUCUGGAGAAGUUGAAGGUCAAGAGGGGUCUGAAGGACUUUGGAAUGAAGGAAGAAGAUGUUGACAAGGCGGCCGAUAUCGCGGUGGGCAACCCUUACUGGAACCCGCGGGAGAUUGAGCGCAGUCCGAUCCGUGAGUUGAUCCGGCGUGUUUGGGCGGGCGAACCGGCGCGAGCAGACCUGUGA